CUUUGCAGUGGUAAGAACUCAUUUCCUUCAUUCGGCAUAAUCCCCCUUGCACCCCAUGGCCAUCCUUCGCCGGAUUGGCGUGAGCCCUGCCUCGCAAGCGGGCUAUCAUGUAUCAUGCAUUUAUGGGGUGCAUGUGCCAAUCGUUGAUUGGUGUUUGUUUAUGGGAAUAUGCUGUCUGGAGGAUGAGAUCUUCACUCGGGGCUUUGGGUCUGGCUUAGGGUCUUUGUACUAAUUGACAUUACUGGGGGGAUGGAGAGUAGCCUUGCUGCUUAACACCGGUUCUCUUUCCUCCUUGGAGUGGGAUGACGAGAAGAUGGGUUGUUAUCUUUGUUUUAUUUUUGCCUGGGAGAAAGCCGCGGGCUUAGACUAUUGCAUUCCCUCCUUCUCUUCUUCUCACCUUCUCUACCUAUCACCUUCUCUUCUUCUCACCUUCUUGCGGGUCUCUAGACUCUACCUCAUCAUAUCCGUCGCUUGGCCUCCAUAUAUCUACAAAGUAUGCAAGAUAUCUCAUUCCCUAAGAUACUGGUAUUCGGUUACCUACUUUUAUGGCAGGGCCAAGAGGCAUAUCCUUCCAACCAGACAUUACCUGUGUACCAGGAGCUUGCUAGCUUCGGGAAUGACUCUCGUACUGUAAAUUCGACAAGGAAGAUCGAGAAACUUGUCGAUACAGUGAGAUUGCC